AUGCCGUCCGACGCCAGCGCCCUCUCCUUCUACCACACCUGCCCGCCCGGUCUGGCGCCCUCCAACACCACCACCAAGCUCUGCGACGCCGCCACCUGCGGGUCCAUCUACCAGCCCCCCGACGGCCGACCCCGCAAGCCUUCGGGCGACGCCCAGUGCGCCUGCGACCCAGGCUUCACCGGCGUCAACUGCAACGUCUGCUCCGGCGCCGGGUCGUGCUCCGCUCGCCGCGGCACCGCUUCGCCGUCUUCGCCGUCGGGCGCGCUCACCCUGACCGGCGACUCGAGCGUCGUCUGCUACAACCAGCCCGAUGCCGUCCGCACCACUUUCAUCGACUGCGACGUCGUGCAGCCCACGAUCCAGGCCGUCUUUCCCAAGCCCAUGACCAUGGCCAUGACAAAGGUCGGCGCCACCCCCGACGACUUUGCCGCCACGGGCGUCGCGCCCUGGCCCCAGAUGCCCAACACGACGCUGGCAAGCGUCUUUUAUGACGGCGUCGAGCAGUUCUACUGCCAGGCCAGCAACUGCGCCUCGCGCAACUCGACCCAGAGCGCCGCGCUGGGCAAGAGCCGCUUCGGCACCACCUCGACCCAGUGCGACAACCUCCAGUGCUACUGCAUCCCCGGCACCGUCAUGUGCGGCGGCGGCGCCCUCGACCUCACGCCCAUCAUCAACGGCCUCAGCGGCGCGCUCGGGAUGCCGUGCGAUUUCAUCGACCCAAAGGCGCCCGAGGGGACCACGGCCGACUGCGCCUUCCAGGGCAACCUGCUCAACAACCUCCUCGGCGACGGUGGCCUGCCCCUCAAGCAGUGCAGGUUCGGCAGCUGCGUCACCGAGGGACAGAUCCACGCCCACUGGCGCGACCAGGCGCUCGCGGGCGGAGAGACGGGCAACGGCGACCGCCUCAGCGGUCCCCUCAUCGGCGGCCUCGCCGUCCUCGGCGUCUUUGUGGCGUCGCUGCUGGCACUCGUCGCUUUCGGCGUGUGGCGCAGGCGCGAGGCCGCCAGGAGACCCGCCCGCCUCGAUCCGGCGCCCGUCGGGCUCGUCUGGAAGCGCAUCGACUACGGCCUGGCGCCACGCAACCGCCUGGGCAUCCGACGCAGAGGCGGGCCCGUUGGCAGCAGCCGCCUCGUAGACGGCAGCAGCACCAAACCCCUCCGAAGCAGCGGCGACAGCCGCAACGAGAAGGCGCCAAUCUCGCCCGCGUACGAUGCCGACCACCGUCACCAACUGGCGCACCCCACGCUGCAUUUUGACGACCCAGAGGCCGGCCACGGCUCCGAUCACAUCCUGCACUCGGUCAGCGGCCGCGUCGAGCCCGGCCAGAUGCUCGCCCUCCUCGGUCCCUCGGGCGCGGGCAAGUCGUCGCUCGUCGACAUCCUCGCCGGCCGGUCCAAGUCUGGUCGCGUUGCGGGCGAGGUGGCCUUCCUGCGCGCCGCCGACGGCGCGGGCGCGAGACCGGGCACCGGCACCGGCAACGGCUCGACGCGCGCCAUCGCCUUUGUCGACCAGGACGAUGCCCUGCCGGCCUUUUCGACGGUGCGCGAGGCCCUGCGCAUGGCGGCCGACCUGUCGCUGCCGGAGAGCGUGUCGGACAAGUCGGGUUUGGUCGAGGAGGUCAUCGACCUGCUCGGCCUGACGUUGGUGGCCGACCGCCGCAUCGGCGACCACAGCCGGCGCGGCGUGUCCGGCGGCGAGCGCCGUCGCGUGUCGAUCGGCUGCGCGCUCGUUGCGCGCCCGCGCAUCCUCGUGGCCGACGAGCCGCUGUCGGGCCUCGACUCCUUUUCUGCGAGCCGGGUGGUGGCGGCGUUCCGCAACCUGGCGCGCGGCGCCGGCGAGCUCGGCUCGACGUCGGUCAUCAUGACGGUGCACCAGCCGUCCUCGGAGAUCUUCCACACCUUUGACGUCGUCAUGCUCAUGGCGGCCGGGCGGGUGCUCUACACGGGCCCGCCAUCCGAGAGCCUGGCGUGGUGCGAGGCGCAGGGCGAGCCGUGUCCGACGGGCCACAACGUUGCCGACCACCUGCUCAAGAUUGCCUUUAAUCCCGAGCAGCGGACGCGGCGCGUGUCGGAGCCGUCGUACCAGGACAGCCGCUCCGAUCCUUCGUCGUCUUCCGCUCCGCCGUCGUCGUCGUCGUCGUCGUCGUCGUCGUCGCCGGGCGUGGCUGCGGGCGCGGCGUGGGCGCGCGAGGCGGGCAACGAGCCGUGCACGACGUUCAUGACGCAGCUCUCGACGCUGUCGCGGCGGGCGUGGCAGACGGCGCUGCGCGACCGCGCGGGCCCGCUGGCGCACCUCGUGGGCGCGGUGACCAUCGGGCUGCUGGUGGGCGGCUGCUUCUACCAGGUCGACCUGACGAUCGCCGGCUUCCAGAACCGCGUCGGGUCGAUGUACUUUCUCUUUAUCCUGCUCUGCUUUGCGGCGCUGUCGGCCUCGACGACGCUGGCGCGCAGCCGCGCGCUGAUGGUGCGCGAGCGGAGCAACGGGCUGUACGGCGCCGUGGCGUGGCUCGUCAGCUUUGUCCUGUUCGACGCCGUGCUGCUCCGCCUCAUCCCCACGUUGCUCUUCACCACCAUCCUCUACUGGAUGGUCGGGCUCAAGGCCGAUGCGGUGACAUUUUUCGAGUUUGUCCUCAUCGCCUUUUUGCUGCACGAGUCGGUCGCGCUGGUCGACAUGAUCCUGUCGGCCUUGAUCGAGGAUCUUUCCGUCACCAUCCUCAUGGCGGGGAGCUUUAUCCUCUUCAACAUCGGCUAUGGAGGAUUUCUGCUCAACCUCGAUCAGAUCCCGGCCGUACUGAGGUGGCUGCAGUGGCUCUCGCCGCUCAAGUACGCCCUCGAAGCUGUAUCGGUGCACGAACUAAAGGGCCUCGAUCUCAAGGAUACCGUAGCGGGCGUCGGCAUCCAGACCUCGGUCUCGGUGUUUGCCGGCAACCUCUUUGGAUUCAGGGAUGGAGCCUUCUACCGCGACCUCCUCAUCCUGGCGCUCCCGUUCAACCUCGGCGUCUUUGGCCUUCUCUGCCUCGUCGUCUGGUCGAGGAUGCGAGAGACGCGCUAG